AUGAGUGUUAUAAAAGUCGCCUACCUGAUCCUCGCGUGGUCCUCGUCACUGCUCCUAGUGGCAGGCGAGCCAUGCACAACCCCUGGUCAAAGGCGGGCAUGGCACACCCUCAGCAAUGCCGAUAAAAAGGCCUAUAUCGACGCGGAGCUCUGCCUGAUGGCGAAACCCGCCUCUCUCGGUCUCCCCGGCACGAGAACAAAAUUUGACGAGCUGCAGGCCAUCCAUCAACUGCAAGCAUAUUCGACACACCACGUCGGCGCCUUCCUACCCUUCCAUCGCCUUAUGAUGCACGCACAUGAGACCGCCCUCCGCGACGACUGUGGCUACACCGGCCGCCAGCCCUACUGGCAAGAGCAAUUGGACGCGGGCCGGUUCAGCUCCUCGGUGGUAUUCGAUCCAGUGACUGGGUUUGGGGGUGACAGGUCCGGAAGCGACGGCUGCAUCGCAGACGGACCGUUUGCCAAUUAUACCAACAGCCUGGGGCCCGGAUAUGAGGUGACGGACCACUGCAUCGACAGAGCCAUCGGCGAUUUCAUCUCGGCCCUUUCGUCCCAGACCAACGUCGACCGGUGUCUGAACCAGACCACCUGGCCGCAAGCGUGGGAAUGCAUCGAGUCGUUGCCGCACGCGGGUGGCCACGCGGGCGUCGGGAGGCAAAUGUCCAACGGCGUUAGCAGCCCCGGGGAUCCGCUUUUUUAUCUCCACCACACGUGGUUGGAUAAAAUCUACUGGGACUGGCAGGCCAGGGACAGGACGGUGCGGACCAGCACCAUCAGCGGCACCAAUGUUAUGCCGGAAAACAUGCUUGGGUUCCCGCCCAGGCCGAGCAACAUCCCUCAACCUACCGGUGCUCCUGGUGAUCCUGGGACCGAGACAACGCUAGGCCACGUUCUCAACAUGUACGGUAACCUGCCCAACAAAACAAUUAGCGAUGUCCUUGACAUUCAGGGUGACUACUUGUGUUAUGAAUACGUCGAGCCUUGA